CUCCAAUAUGGCGGUCAGUUUUCUCCGCUAAACCGGUAAGGUGAGCGGGCGCAGCAGUGUAGGUGUGCGGGGCACGUGGCCACAACACAGCUGGGAGGAGGCCGCCGCCACACACACUGCGGCUCCCGCCAAAACUUGUAUUAUUACAGGGUGCAGAGGUCAUCAUGGAGGUGGAAGAGGAGAGUAACGCCGGGCUGGAGUGUGACUUCUCAGCCUACACGCUCUUCCAUGACGGCAGUACAGGUGCCCCAUGUCUGAGCUUCGACAUUGUGCGGGAUGGUCUUGGAGACAAUCGCACUUGCGACACUCCUGUUACUUGUUACUUUGUAGCUGGUACACAAGCAGCACGCACUCAUGUCAACAAAGUUAUUCUAAUGAAAAUGAGUAAUUUGAGAAAGAUCAAGCAGAGUGACAGUGAUGAUGACAGUGAAUUGGAGGAUGAUGAGGAUGAAGGCAGAGGUGGUGAACCUAUUCUUUCUUCAGCAUCCAUCAAUCAUAAUGGUUGUGUCAACAGAAUACGGGCCACAUCAGUUAACAACAUCCACCUUGCUGCAACUUGGUCUGAACUGGGUCAGGUCCACAUUUGGGAUAUGAGUCGCAUGCUUGAUGUUGUGAGUGAAAGCUGUGGCUAUGAAACCUUCGACCAAAACUCAGGAGGGAAUGACCAUCCAUUAUUUACGUUUAAAGGACAUAGCUCGGAGGGCUUUGCAGUUGAUUGGGCUCCAACUAUGUCUGGAACACUUGCCACUGGCGACUGUGAGAAGAAUAUUUAUGUGUGGAAGCCUAAUGAAGGAGGUUCAUGGGCAGUUAGCAGUACACCUUACACAGCACACACUGCUUCUGUUGAAGACAUCCAGUGGUCACCAAAUGAGCCGCAUGUUUUUGCCUCCUGUUCUGUUGAUAAGAGUAUCAGGGUGUGGGAUGCUAGAGCAAGCCCAAGCAAGGCAUGCAUGGUGACAGUCCCCAAUGCUCAUGACUCUGAUGUUAAUGUGAUCCACUGGAACCGCAAUGAACCUUUUAUAGUAUCAGGUGGUGACGAUUCUAAAGUUCAAGUCUGGGAUCUGCGACAGUUACAAAGUGGGAAUGCAGUGGCAGUCCUCAAGCACCAUGAUGCACCUAUAACCACAGUCGAGUGGCAUCCAAGUGAUGCAUCUGUUCUAGCUAGUGGUUGUGAAGAUAAUCAGAUUCUCCAGUGGGAUUUGGGAGUGGAGCGAGACCCUGAUGCUGAUGUCGAGGAGAACACCGUAUGUUUUUUCUUAGCUCGUGCAUUUCUGAGAUACUUUCACUAACUUGAAAGUUUUUAG